GUAGGGGUGGUUAUGGAAAGUUGGUGCAGAAGGAGUUGGAGUCUCAAAGAGAACUGGUGGAUUAUGGAACUGGAUCAUUGGGUAAUUUCCCACCUGUAAUGCCACCACAAUAUGGUCGGCAUGGUGGGAAUCAUGGUCACGGAGGUUCUUACCGGCACGGCAGAGAUUACCAGCGUAAGCGGAAUCGAGAUGAUGACCGUCCUAGACUCGAUUACUCAAAGAGAGUUUACCGUCGUGAACCUACAAAAGAUUCUGACCAGGAAGCUCGGCCGGAAAAGAAUCCGCGGUUCCGUGAGAGUGGCGACUCAGAUGAGGAGGAUGACGAUGAUAGGAAGCGAUCCCAUUAGAUAUUUCUGUAGUUCACUUCGGAAACUCUUUACACUGGAAAAAGGAAUGACAAGAGUCUUUUUGUUCCCUUUUCAAGUUCACUUUUCUUUCCUAUAUCCAUUGUGCUUGAUUUUAGUCACCUAAGUAGCAUUUGUAGCCUUAUUCGUUUCCGUUAGACUUUCCAAAAGAAGAAACUAGUCUCUACUAAAAUUCGGAAUGUGUAUGAUCUCCAUGGAUGCUGUAGAAGUGGUCCCGUUGCUGGCUUUGUAAUUUCUUAUUCCAGUUUUCCAAUUGAUCUAUUAUUAAAAAGAGAUCAAGUGAAACAUUUAAUGCUUCACUUUUGAAAUUGUAAUUAUGGUUGACAUAAGUCAGGUUCUUUACUGAAAGUCUGUCUGAAACAAUAGGUUCUGAGAUUGUAAUGUUGUACGGAGUAUUUAAAAGUGUUGGGUUUUAG